AUGUCCAUGGAUCUCCAAUUGCGCCUUGAGCUCUCUACUCUUCGGCCGCCGCCUAUCCGAGUUCGCACGCCGGAAUCCUCCCACGUCGCCGGCGACACCAGCCGCACGGUUGACACCGGCGAUUUGCAAUCCACUAAGGACUGCGAACAAUCGAUGUGCCGAACGCCGACUUCCGAAGAACACAAGAUUCCGGCAGUCUUGAGCUGUCCACGGGCACCGAGAAAGCGGAGGGCGGUGGUGUCGUGCAAGAGGAGAUUGUCAUGGGAGCUGGAAUUCUGUGAGAUCGUGCAGCCGGAACAGCUGGACGAACUCUUCCAAUCAAGUUUCAAGGCGGUUGCCGGCGCUAAGAAGCGGCGUGUGGGCGUGAUUAAAUAGGGCGAUACUUGCUUCUCUGUUGUUGGAACUCCACUAAAUUAAAUUUUUAUUCAAAAAUAAUAUUUAAUUAAGACCCAUGAGUUGAGGUCAAUUAUCAUGUUCAGAAAUUUGAAAAAUUUAAAUCUGGAGUAUGCUGUGUUGAAUGUGAAAAUUCCAUUGAACCUAUUAAUUGAUUCGAUAAUAUAUAGAUGUUGAGAAUCUGUUUUUAUUUGCCUUAUGCUCUGCGUCUUUUGUUUUCUUUUGGUUUUAUAUGUAUAGAACAAUUCAUUCAUCCCCCUUAAGCCUUACUGCAACAAUUUGUUUGUUCCUAAUCCCUAAAUUCUAAUGUUUAACAUCUGGAAAACAAAAAUAAACAAACAGAAAACAAUAUAUUGUAAAUUUAUAUUAUGUGAUAAUGGAAAGUAUACAUAAUUUUCUUUCCAGUUCAUUUUUGGAAUUAUCAAAAAAGACAAAGUCCUCUCCUCCCAUUAAAUAUAGUAGCCAUGUGACUCUUAACACCUUUCACCAACCAGUGGUUACACAGCCCCUUCCUUUUUUCUUCUCUCUCUCGAAAUCAAAAGCAAAAGCUGGAAGUUCAUGAAGAAAAUCAGGUUUAUCAAUCCCAAAGCCGGGUCAAUCACUCAACAGAAAAUUGUCAAAACUGAAUACAAAUCAACCCAUCUCACCAUUAAUAAGAAUUAUCAAUCCAUAGAUCUUGCUAUUAACCAUAUUCACAUUCUCCUCCUUUACUGCUCCUCGGAUCCACAAACCAAAUCAACCAAGAUCAGUCGUACAAACCAUUGACAGAACUCAAAACAGGGCAUAAAUAAAAAUUCAAUUAAUAUACUGCAACGAUCAGUUUGAUCAAAUUUCAUGUUCAACACCAAUUGGAAUCUAUUGAUAUAUAUAUAUGAAUUAUGUGUUUAUGCUGCAGAUCCAAAUUGUCCGGAGUUCUGGACAUGGUAAUUCACCCGCAUCUGAACCAAACUAGCUACAAUCGUGGAUACGGAGAUAACAUACACUUCUGACGAAUUUGCCAACCUCAAUUGAGGAAGUCUUAAUUUAAAUGCUAUAUUCCUAAAAAAAAUCAAAUUGGGGGAGAUUGAAGCGUGGACAAGCAAAUUAAACGCCGUCGAAUUCAAAUACAGGCACACCGUCUCUUAGCGCCGGCGACAGCCUCGAAGCUCGACCGGAAGAAGUCCUCCAGCUCUUCUGCCGGCACGAUCUGGUGGAAUUCCAGCUCCCACGACAAUCUCCUCUUGCACGAGAGCACCGUCUUCUGCUUCCGCGGGGCCGGCGGACAGGUCAGGAUCGCCGGAAUCUUAUGUUCCACGGAAGUUGGGGUUCGGCACGACGAUUCGCCACAAUCCUCCGCAGAUUGAAGAUUGGUAUUGAUUACGCAGCUGUUGUCGCCGGUGGCGUCGGAAUCUGCAGAUUGACUGUUGCUAUCAAUAGGGCAGCCGGCGUCGCCGGGGGUGUCAGAAGAUUUCGGCGUGCGGACCCGAAUGGGCGGCAGUCGGAGAGUGGGGAGUUCAAGGUGCAAUUGGAGAUCCAUGGACACGAAUGACUAGAAGAAUUGGAGAGAAGAAGCUAGGAGAGAAACU